GUACUUAGAAAGUGACCGGGGACCCAGCUCAGCGUCCCCGGCUGCAGCCAGGGCGACCAGCAGCGGCCCGCGGCCGGGCAGCGGACGCCGAGGUCGGAGGUCGCAGGACCGGGAUCCCCCCGCCCCUCCCAGGGUCGGACCCGGCGGUUGCGGUCCCCGCGCCGGCGGCAGGAACCCUAUGGGCGGUUGGAGCGCAGAGCGGCGCGGCCGUUGGGGACUCCAGCUCCCGGCAGGCACUGCUCCGGGACCGGGGCGCGCGGCGGCGCUGCCCGCUGGGACUCGUAGUGCGGUCGGUAGGAGAAAGGCGCUCGGCUCCCUCCGCGCUCAUUUCGGAAGCUGCCCGCGGGGUACCAGCCCGGCCGGGCCCAUCCUCUCCAUCCGGGUCUGCAGGGACAUGAUCACCCGCCGCUCCUUGGGCUAUGCGUACGUGAACUUCCAGCAGCCGGCAGACGCGGAGCGUGCUUUGGACACCAUGAACUUUGAUGUUAUAAAGGGCAAGCCAGUUCGCAUCAUGUGGUCUCAGCGUGAUCCAUCACUUCGCAAAAGUGGAGUAGGCAACAUAUUCAUUAAAAAUCUGGACAAAUCCAUUGAUAAUAAAGCACUGUAUGAUACAUUUUCUGCUUUUGGCAACAUACUUUCAUGUAAGGUGGUUUGUGAUGAAAAUGGUUCCAAGGGCUAUGGAUUUGUACAUUUUGAGACCCAGGAAGCCGCUGAAAGAGCUAUUGAAAAAAUGAAUGGGAUGCUUCUAAAUGAUCGCAAAGUAUUUGUUGGACGAUUUAAGUCUCGUAAAGAACGAGAAGCAGAACUUGGAGCUAGGGCAAAAGAAUUCACCAAUGUUUACAUCAAGAAUUUUGGAGAAGACAUGGAUGAUGAGCGCCUUAAGGAUCUCUUUGGCAAGUUUGGACCUGCCUUAAGUGUGAAAGUUAUGACUGAUGAAAGUGGAAAAUCCAAAGGAUUUGGAUUUGUGAGCUUUGAAAGGCAUGAAGAUGCACAGAAAGCUGUGGAUGAGAUGAAUGGAAAGGAGCUCAAUGGAAAACAAAUUUAUGUUGGUCGAGCUCAGAAAAAAGUGGAACGCCAGACGGAACUUAAGCGCAAAUUUGAACAGAUGAAGCAAGACAGGAUCACCAGAUACCAGGGUGUUAACCUUUAUGUGAAAAAUCUUGAUGAUGGUAUUGAUGAUGAACGUCUCCGGAAAGAGUUUUCUCCAUUUGGUACAAUCACUAGUGCAAAGGUUAUGAUGGAGGGUGGUCGAAGCAAAGGAUUUGGUUUUGUAUGUUUCUCCUCCCCAGAAGAAGCCACUAAAGCAGUUACAGAAAUGAAUGGUAGAAUUGUGGCCACCAAGCCACUAUAUGUAGCUUUAGCUCAGCGCAAAGAAGAGCGCCAGGCUCACCUCACUAACCAGUACAUGCAGAGGAUGGCAAGCGUCCGAGCCGUGCCCAACCCUGUAAUCAACCCCUACCAGCCAGCACCUCCGUCGGGUUACUUCAUGGCAGCUAUCCCCCAGACUCAGAACCGUGCUGCAUACUACCCUCCUAGCCAAAUUGCUCAACUAAGACCAAGUCCUCGCUGGACUGCUCAGGGUGCCAGACCUCAUCCAUUCCAGAACAUGCCCGGUGCUAUCCGCCCAGCCGCGCCUCGACCGCCGUUUAGCACUAUGAGACCAGCUUCCUCACAGGUUCCGCGAGUCAUGUCAGCACAGCGUGUGGCAAACACAUCAACACAGACAAUGGGUCCACGUCCUGCAGCCGCUGCCGCUGCAGCCACUCCUGCUGUCUGCACUGUGCCCCAGUAUAAGUAUGCUGCAGGAGUCCGCAAUCCUCAGCAGCAUCUCAGUGCACAGCCACAGGUUACCAUGCAGCAGCCUGCCGUUCAUGUACAAGGUCAAGAACCUUUGACUGCUUCCAUGUUGGCAUCUGCCCCCCCUCAAGAGCAAAAGCAAAUGUUGGGUGAACGGCUAUUUCCGCUUAUUCAAGCCAUGCACCCCACUCUUGCUGGUAAAAUCACUGGCAUGUUGUUGGAGAUUGAUAAUUCAGAACUUCUUCACAUGCUUGAGUCUCCAGAGUCUCUCCGUUCUAAGGUUGAUGAAGCCGUAGCUGUACUACAAGCCCACCAAGCUAAAGAGGCUGCCCAGAAAGCGGUGAACAGUGCCACUGGAGUUCCAACUGUGUAAAAUUGAUCAGGGACCACGAAAAGAAACUCGUGCUUCACCGAAGAAAAAUAUCUAAACAUCGAAAAACUUUAAAUAACUAUGAAAAAA